AUGUCAAAUAACCCAGAAAUCUACGCCGAAGUAAAGGUAUUUCAAUUAAAAAACAGUGUUUCAAUCAAGGAGUUUGUGAGAACUCGAGUGGAGUCAAGAAACUGUCAAAGUCGUGGCAAACGUUUUAGCCUAAAGGUAGACUACAGCGAGAUCCCCAGCUCCUUGAUUUCGGUGCUACCAAAUUUUGUAAAUUUGAGAUAUUUAAAAGUGGACAUUGAAAACUUUACAUUUUUGAGAGAUCUUCUGGAAGCUCUUCCAAUCACGUUGAAGGGCCUCAAUGUCAAUAUCAAUGUCGCAAAUCCCAAAUUUAAUGCCAAGGAGACACAGAUGCCUGAAAUAAAAUGCAGGGGUCUAAAGACUCUGGCAUUUCAUUCUACCAGCAAGGAGCCAAUGAUUUACGGCAAACUGAAAAGCAGGCACGUGAUGAAAGUACCCAGCAGGUACCUCAUGGAAGAAAGCACGUUUUCAGACUUGAUUCGGGAAAAAUUUGAGCACGAUGAUCGAAGUAUCAAGAAACAACCAAACCUCAAGUAUUGCGGCGAGAUGAUGGCCCUACUGAUCCAACAGAAUGCGUCCACUUUCUACUCAAUUGACAUCCGAGGAAUUGAUGCUACUGUAAUUUUCUUGAAUCGAUUCGUGGCCUGUCCGAUGAAGAAUCUGCGCGUCAUCAAGCUGUGCAACCUCUCAAUCCCUAGACUUAGGUGGUGGCUUCCUACUUUGGAGCAAAGCAAUUUGAACAAGCGACAAUUCAUGCCAAGCAAUUCAGAGCUCUCACUGCCUCCUAUAGUGGUUGUAUUUUCCAAGCUAUUCACUAGUACACCUCAAAACAGGGAUGUACAAUGCCGAGCAAGGUUUUUCGGUGAUCCCGAGGAUCACUGGUUUAGCAUGGGCGGCGAGGCUACUGAAUUCUGGGAGGAGAUUCAUUAUCAAUAA